GCAGAAACCCCGAGGCGGAUAUUUCUCGAAUUUCUGCGACCAAUUCACAACUCCCCUCCCAAUUCUUCUUUAAUCACCCACACACCCGCCAAAUCGACUCAAUAUGGCUGACGCUGCACGAGGCGGAGCUGCUGCUCGCGGAGGUGGAUUCGGAUCGCGAGGCGACCGUGGAGGAGAUCGUGGUGACCGAGGACGUGGACGUGGAAGACGUGGACCUCGUCGCGGAGCCAACAAGAAUGAGGAGAAGGAGUGGCAGCCAGUUACCAAGCUCGGUCGUCUCGUGAAGGAUGGAAAGAUCAAGUCGAUGGAGGAGAUCUACCUACACUCUCUGCCCAUCAAGGAGUACCAGAUUGUCGAUUUCUUCUUGCCAAAAUUGAAGGAUGAGGUUAUGAAGGUAUGGCAGAUUCUCUAGCAGCGCAGAAGCAGAAUGAUUAGAUGGGAUAUGUAUAUGCGGAAUCAAGAAUCAAGCGCUGACAAUUUUGCCCUCCCACAGAUCAAGCCAGUUCAAAAGCAAACUCGUGCCGGUCAACGUACUCGAUUCAAGGCCAUCGUCGUUAUUGGUGACUCUGAGGGACACGUCGGACUUGGUAUCAAGACCUCCAAGGAAGUCGCAACUGCCAUUCGUGCUGCUAUCAUUAUCGCAAAGUUGAGCGUUCUGCCAAUUCGAAGAGGUUACUGGGGUACCAACUUGGGUCUUCCUCACUCUUUGCCAACCAAGGAGUCUGGAAAGUGCGGAUCCGUCUCAGUCAGAGUAAGUAGCUGCAAUUCAGACAGAAGAAAAUCUACUAAUUUCCAUCCUCAGCUUAUCCCAGCUCCCCGUGGUACUGGUCUCGUCGCAUCCCCUGCCGUCAAGCGUCUUCUCCAACUUGCCGGUGUCGAUGACAUCUACACAUCCUCUUCCGGUUCUACCAAGACCCUCGAGAACACACUCAAGGCCACUUUCGUCGCUGUCGGUAACACAUACGGAUACCUUACUCCCAACUUAUGGAAGGAGACUAAGCUCAUCCGAAGUCCUUUGGAGGAGUUUGGUGAUGUUCUCCGGGCUGGUAAGAAGUACUAGAUGUGGGUUCUGUUAGGGGCGCGCGUUAAGGUUGUUUUU